AUGAGUGGUAGAAGCUCAAGAAGUCGAUCUGCAGACGGAGAAAAUGUUCUCGAGAAGAGAAUUAGGAAACUCGAAGAAUUGAUUGAAAAAAAGUUCAAGAAAAAGCGCAAAAGACGUCGCCACGCAUCGAGCUCAUCGGAGGAACGAUCAAAGAAACGCGGGAGAGAUGUUCGACGAGGUUCGAGAUAUUCGUCAUCGGAAAACGUUGAGGGAGACGAUUCGGUAAAUAUUGGUUUGGACGUAGAGGUAACAGAGUCUGAGCCCGUACAAGUGACGCAAUUUGCGUCUCAAGAACCGACCCGAGUUCCGGCCGACGAUAUCGUUGGGCCGAGGCAGGUUUUACCUGCCGUUAAUUCAAACGGUGAUUCUGCAGCGUCAGAAUCAGUAAAGGAAGCAACUCUUGAUCCUCAAAUUUUGGAAGUUUUGGGUAAGAGAAUCUUGGAAGAGCGAGUAUUGGACGAAGAAAUUCCACCGGAAAUGGCGGUUCGUUGGGAGGAAAUCCUCAAAAGAGGUUUGCCUGCAGAGGACAGGGACAAUAUAAUUAAAAAAUAUCCGCCUCCAAAAAAUGCAGGAUGUAUCGACCCACCUGUAAUAAAUCCGGAGGUGAAGGCCGUUCUGCCGGAAACUGUUGUCAAAAGGGAUGAGCGUAUCGCAGCGAAGCAAGUUAAGCUUGCGGCGUGCAUCGCUGCCGUCGGGAAAAUGUUUCUAGGAGUUUUGAAUGACUCGCAAGAGAGACUUUCUCUUCUUGGACGUCUGAGCGACACAGGCAGGUUAUUGGCGGAUCUGUUGCACGACGAGUCAGCGGUGAGAAGGAGUCUCGUUCUGGCCAACAUAGGCUCAUCUUUCAAAGAAGUUUUGAGCUCGUCCACGGCUGAUGAUUUUUUGUUCGGGAGGCAGUUGGAUGAAAAAGUGAAGGCGGCAAAAGUACUCGAGAAUACCAGUAGGGAACUGGGUACAUCGCGAGCGGAUUCUUCGGUAAAAGGGCCAAAAAACUUGAAAUUCCCGCCUCGUCGCUUCUCAAGAGAUUAUCGCCAGCGAUCGACGGGU